AUCUCGUUUCCUUCGUGUGCGAGGAGACACGUCGUUUGUCUUCGCUCCUCUCCUCUCCCUUUUGACGACGUCCCCUCUUUCUCUCUUCCCCGCCCUUGUCGUUCCUGUCGCGUGUCAAAUUGAGCUCUCGAGCCACGCUAAAUCGGCUUUUCUCCUUCGCUUCCAAGUUUGCCGGCGGUCCUCCUGCGAUUUACAUCCUCGGAGUCGGAGGUCAGGCAAGAGGAGAUCGAUUCCAUUUCUAGGGUUCUCUCUUUCCUUGGGCGUUAGGAAUGGAAGGCCCCAGCAACGGCGGGCUGCUGUACCACGAGAUGCAGGAGUCGAAGCUUUGCGCCGUCCACUCCGUCAACACCGUCUUGCAGGGGCCCUUCUUCUCCGAGCUCGAUCUCGCCGCGCUCGCCUCCGACCUCGACCAGACGGAGCGCCAGAUGAUGCUCGAGGGCGCAGGCCAUGGCGGUGCCUCGUCUGGCGACUUCUACUCGGAGGUCUCGCACAAUGUGUCCAUGAAUGGCGAUUUCAGCAUCCAGGUUUUGCAGAAGGCUUUGGAGAUAUGGGAUCUACAAGUUGUACCUCUCAAUUCUCCAGUAGCUGAGCUAUCUAAAUUUGAGCCCGAGCUCGAGAAUGCCUUCAUAUGUCACUUGCAUGACCAUUGGUUUUGCAUUAGAAAAGUCAAUGGGGAGUGGUACGACUUCAAUAGUCUUCUCCCUGCCCCCGAGCAUCUUUCCCAGUUCUACUUAUCAGCUUACAUAGAUACCCUCAAGGACUCUGGGUGGAGCAUCUUCUUGGUUAGGGGUAACUUCCCCACGGACUGUCCUAUACCACAUGACUACUCAACUGGUUUUGGGCAAUGGCUAACUCCAGAAGAUGCACAGCAGAUAGCAAAAUCAUGCAAUCAAAUGAAGUUUUCAACCCAAGAAGCAUAUUCAAGCAAAAUUGAUACGAUGGCUGAGCAGGAAGAGGAAGAUCUGAAUGCUGCAGUUAAAGCUAGCUUGAUGGAUUAUACCGAUAUUCAAAAUAGUAGACCAGACGUACUUGAAGGUGGGCGUAAUACUGUAGAUUCUGCCGCUCUUGGCCUCAAAUUUGAUCCACCUAAUUAUAACAGCAGCUUUAUGGAUCCCUGCCCGCAUCGUCCUGAAAGUGGUGAAUCCAGCAGUGAUGUUCACAAUGGAACUCGUGGUGUGGAAACCCCAUCAUCAUCCCAUGAUGACAAGGUUCAGUGAGGCUGCUUUGUACCGUUGGUUAGAAGCCAACUUGGAUUCCAUUUGCUUAUUGUUCUGUACUUUGUGAGAUGCUUUAGUGUCACAUUCAUUUAUGCACGAAAUCAGUAGAUUUUUGUGGGGAGACUCUGGUUGAUAGUUUCCUUGUUUA